ACAAACUGAAAGAUGAGCAUUUCCUCAGUGAAAUCCAUUCAACCUCGAAUCUCGUUCCUCGUUAUUUUCGCACUGUUUCCUCUAAUCAUCAUCUCCAUGUCGGAUUCAGCACUCGAUUCCGUUUCUUCAUCUUCUUCCGCUCCCGCGGUUCACAUCAUCUACACCGAGCAGCCACAUGAAGAGGAGCCUGAGACCUACCACAUCCGAACCCUCACCGCGGUUCUCGGCAGUGAGGAGGCUGCAAAGGAGGCUUUGUUGUAUAGUUACAAGUCGGCUGCUAGUGGUUUCUCUGCUAAGCUUACUCCUGACCAGGUUGCUCAAAUUUCAAAGCAACCAGGUGUUCUUCAAGUUGUUCCAAGCCAGAAACUUCAGCUCCAUUCAGGACCAAAUAAGCUGCUCUAGAGAAUCUAUCUUCAUUUGAAGACGUAUGUGUAUGUGAUUGUGGGUCCAAACUGUUAACUAUAUCAUGUAUUAAUAAAUAAACUUACUCAAAAAGAAUAAAAUCCGUACACCAUGUAUAAAAACUUAGUUUGGCUCAGCCUGCGUUUACAUAAUCUAUUGUGGUGGCUUUAUAAUUUGU